AUGGAGGCCCAAGCAAUACACCCAUGCGCCGCCAAUUCAGAUGAACGAGUUCUCCCCUCUAUCUUCAGACAUCCCUCCGCCGCAGCCCCGCUCCUCAUCACUCAAGGCGCCGAAGCACUCCUCUACCGCAGCACCUACCUCCUCCCCAGCACACCAUGUGCGCUCAAGUACCGCCCCUCAAAACCAUACCGACACCCUAUUCUUGACGCGCGAUUAACGAAGCAUCGGAUCCUGUCUGAAGCGCGUGUGCUAGUAAAGUGUAGACGAGAAGGGGUUCCCGUUCCGGCGGUGUAUGCUCUCGAUGAGGCUGCAGGAUGGUUGAUGAUUGAGUGGAUCGAGGGGGAGGUCGUGCGGAUACGGCUUAACGAAUGGUUGAAGAGAAGGAAAGAAGAGGAUAUAGCGGAGGGAGUGGAUGAUGGGGAGUUAUUGGAGCUGAUGACGAGGGUUGGCAGUGCCGUGGGGAGACUGCAUGCUAUUGGUGUUGUGCAUGGGGAUUUGACUACAAGUAAUCUGAUGCUACGUCCUAGGAGCAGGGAAGUGUCAAAUGGUGAUAGUGAGACUGCUAGUAAGAUGCUGGAUGGGAAUGUUGUGCUCAUAGACUUUGGUCUGGCGAGUCAGAGCCAAGCGGAUGAAGAUCGCGCUGUUGAUUUAUAUGUGCUUGAGCGGGCAUUUGGGAGCACGCAUCCUAGGGCAGAGAGCUUGUUCGUGGAAGUUCUGAGAGAAUAUGGGAGGAGUUUUAAGGGGGCCAACGUUGUUCUUAAGAAGUUGGAGGAUGUCAGAAUGAGAGGCAGGAAACGUAGUAUGCUAGGUUGA